AUGUUUGCAAAAGCAUAUUAUGGAGCACCUGCUGCUACUGGUAAUAAAUUGAAAUCAUCGGUGGUAUAUUUUGAUAUUAGGAUCAAUUCACCUUAUAAAGAUAUUAUACUUCUUCAAGGUUCUCCCUUAGAAAUGGAACCUUAUCCAUUGAGUGGAAAGCUAGUUUUUUCUCUUAGCGAUGAUAUUACAGUUAAAAGGGUUUCAUUGAAGUUUAGUGGGAUAUUUAAAUUAGAAUUCCUACAAAUGGGCAGAUAUAAGGAUACAGGGAAAUUAGCGAGUAUCGUUAAAGAAAAGAAAAUAAUUUUUGAAUGUAAAUGGGAUAAUUUAUUAGUGUCACCUCAGGGUAAAAUUACAAUUGGUGCAGACAAUGUCUAUAACGAAAGAUACAAUAACAAUGGUACUGGUGCAUUGGGUAGGACUUUUUCGAGUUCAUCAACAGGAUUGAAUAAACUUAUUAAAAAGGGUACUUUUUAUUCUAGCAGUGUAUUAGAUCUACCAGUCAAUGGAGCUACUGGAACCCCUUACGAACAUAUGGAAGAUGAGUUAAAAUCAUUGUCGUCCUCCACUUCUAUCAAUUUUAAUCUACAGAAAGGGAACUAUGAACUACCUUUUAAAAUCAUGCUGCCUAGUGAAAUACCAGAAACUAUAGAAGGUUUGCAGAGUGGUAGUAUUUUGUAUAGUUUUGAAGGACAUAUUGAAAGAAGAAAAAAAUCUGGGAUGCCAAUAAUUAUUAGAGAUGAAACUGAUUAUUCAAACUCAAAUCCAAAAUCUGCUAAUGUGAAAACUUAUUCUUACAGGUAUCAUAAAUAUUUUAGAGUUUUUAGAACUUUAAGUUCAGAUAACUUUGCAAUGCAGGAGGAAAUGAAAGUUGGAAAUUCAUGGCCUGAUAAGUUACAAUAUGAAGUGAGCAUUCCAAGCAGAGCUAUCCCAGUUGGAGGGAUUACACCAAUCUCAAUAAAAAUAUUCCCAUUCCAAAAGCAUUAUAUUCUUGAAAAGAUAGGUGUUACAUUAAUACAAUUUUAUUCAAUGAAAGAUUCAUCUGGUCAGUUAUACAAUGAUGAGGUUGUUGCACUAAAGCAAUCUAUGACAGAUUUUGAAGGUUUUAUAAAGAUCAAUGAAAGGACAGGUUCCCUUAUAGAUAAAGUUGAAAUUGAUUCUAUGAUUAAGAUGCCAGAUGAUUUAAAGAAAGCAACUCAAGAUUGUGAUAUUAUCGGUGAAAUAAUUAGAAUACGGCAUAAACUUGCAAUUCAAAUAGUAAUGAAGAGACUGGCUUCAGAUGGUACAACAAAAAUGGUUGAAAUCAAAGCCACGAUCCCAAUUUUAUUAUUCAUAUCACCUCAAGUAACAUUAAAAGGAAGAUACGUUGUACUGGACAACAAUUCUGGCCGAAUUCAUUUUAGAUCAGGAAAAUUUGUUACUUUGUUUGAUAACAACAAUUCUAAUAAUCUGAUGACGGAGGCUGUUGUUAACAAUACUAAUCCAAUAUUUGUCGAUAAUACCCCACCGCCAAAUUAUCAAGAGAGGACCAAAGAUAGACUAUUGCAGUAUAGUACAACCCCAUUACCUUAUGAACAAUUCACCAACACUGAUAUAAUAGAUCAAUUAAUUACAAAUAAUAAUACUGAACAAGACAGGAUCACAAACGAAAUCGAAGAUGAAAAUAAUAGAGAAGGUACCACAAAUAAUAUCAUGCCAUUGAAUUCUGUGCCCACCUAUGAUCAAACGAUGGACGAAACAACAAUUGGAGCUAAUAACACAGUGAGAAAUUUUUACGUUCCAGCCGGUCCACACGCUAGUGGAAUUAGUAAUUCCACAACGGUCAAUGCUAAUGUCCCAGGGAGCACUGCGAAUGGCAAUGUUGAUGGAAACCACAACAUAAAUACAUUUAUGAAUUCUUCAAAUGAAGAAGAUGAAACCAAUUUUAACUUACAGACUAGUACAGACAAUUCCGAAACGUUGGUUGACAGCUCCAAUAUUAUUCGUGAGGAAUUCGCACCGAGUUACUCUGAUUAA